AUGGCUGGCCGCUACAACUCAUCCCAACAGGCGCCAUUAGAGCAAGAGCAGCGGUCCGCUGGCCCUAGCGGCAAUGGGUCUGCAUGCGCCGGCGUUAGGUCAGCUGUGGACCUGCGGAGCGCAAUGGAGGAUGCCCUUCCCAGAACAUUGCAAGUCCUGGGAGCGACCGGCGUCAACGCCACUAUAGGGGACUUUGCAUGUAACAGCAUGACAUUAACAUUCGUCUCGACGACGGCCCUCACGGUCCAAGGUGGGGACAUGGCGGCAGCGGUGGCGCGAGCUCUGUCAUCACCGGUGGCCGAGCAGCAGCUGGAGUCCUUGCUUGCACAGGAGUUAGACUUAACUGAUUUAGUUGUUAGCCUGGUGGUUGAGGAGCCAAGUGAUUGA